CCAUCUCUAAGUGACAGCGCUAGAAGCCGUCAUGCGUUUGAGAAUGGGAGGAGACAAAAAGCACGUGUACUGGGCGGGUCGUCAGCUAAUCCGUUCUCCAAUCACAGAGCGGUGUUUUUGGAAUUAUUUUGCAUGUUUAAAUGUAGCGUAAUUCUCCAGUCCUGAUUGGCUGUGUCUAAAAUAAAUGACCAAUCAACUAAAUGACAGACGCUCAGCUGGCCGUGAAGUUCCGCCUCUUUCUUAUUAACGUGCCAGGCCCCGGAAACGUCGAGUCUUAAAGGGACAGAGGACACAUAUCAGGCUGAGGCUAACAACAAAAACAGCUGCGAGCAUAAAAAAGAAAAAAAAAAAAGAAAGGAAAAGAAAAGAAGAAGAAGAAUUCAGGCUCUGAGAGGAAGAGACGGGGGACGAACAGACCAGACGAAAUCUCCCCGAUGUUUUUACACUAUUUUACACCGACAGCCACCGAGAACAACGUCAUUUCUGCUCCUCAAAGUCGGCUACGACGACGUUAGCCACCUACAAUCUGACAACGCAGCAGCAGUGAGAGAUAACAAAAAAGGCCAAACAGAAGUACGACGUCAGCUCACACUCAAUGUCUCCACUCUUCACUUCAAUCUGUUUUAUUUGAGGAAUUCUGUGUGGAGUCAUCGUGAAACAAUGCCAUAGACGUUCCACACCACAGUGAGGAGGCUAAUGAGGGGCGUGUCCUGCUCUCACACAAUCACAGAGGGAGCAUCACUGCUGUUACACUUAGCCAUGGUCCUAAUCUUCUAGGAACACCUCUUCCACUCCUCCUUCCUCUGGAGUCCCAAUGGUUUCCUGAAUACCUGUCCUGGGAUGGUGGCGUUCUGUGGCUGCUGCCAUGGAGGCGGACAGUUUCCUUAGCAGUUUUUUUAAGACACAACUUCCAGAUGUUGUGCCAGAUGCAGCUGGUCCACAAAAGCAGAGUUAGACAAGACCGGGCACAGAGGUGCUGUGCAGCUCAGCUUCUCCCACUGUGUUUGAUGACACCACAGCAGAAAGAAUAGGAUUUCCCGCAUCAGUGGAACCUCAUUCUGCUGUCUGGAACUCGUGAGGAUCUGACCUGACUUGUUACUCAAAGUUAGGCAAGGUUGAAUUAUCUCCAGUACAGCAAAUAUGCGACACAUUCACGUGGAGUUGGCCCACAAAAAGUCUCCUUUAGAGCUUCCUGCCCACGAAGGGGACCUGCCUCCUCCUACGGCCCCACAAGAGGGCAUAGACCAUGGGGUCAGACCAGGGGCACCAAGGCACUUUGGCCAGGAGGAGCUGCACUACCAGAAGGUCUACCAGCUCUCCAUUUACUCCCAGCUGGGGGAAUUUUCUAACUCCACCGAAUCCAACACUGACAACCAGCAGGGACCUGUCCGGGUUGGUGUGAAAAGGGCACUGGAAGAGCCCCAAUUGACUCACAAACGCCCCAACCUGGGAGAGUCAUCUGAGAGGGAGGCUCUAGAGGGAGGGAUUCUAUGUGGGCCAGCCCCAGCUCAAGGUGUUGCGAUGGGUUCUGCAGGACCCCGUACUGUGUACUCUUGUGCACAGAUGGAGCACAGAGACUCUGAGGCAGGGCUGUCACCCAGGUCUCCACCCCUAUCGCCAAGUCACACCCCAUCCCGACGUCCUACCCAGCACAAUCACGAUAAACUAAUUCCUGAUGUGUUUGCUCCGCUUUCACCCAAAUCGUCUCCAAUGUGUGACCCGCACGGCCACCUGUGUGACCAGGGCCAUACAAUCGGGGGCUCGGUUAGGAUAGAAUCAAGUAACGGGGGCCGCACUCCCACCUACUCUAUCAGCAGUUCUGGACACGAGAGCUGCACUAAUGGGUCAUCAGGAGGGCCGCCCAGUCCCCACCUGUAUGAAAUGUCCACAUAUGAGACUCCCAACCCCGCCAGUCCCACUAGCCCCCCAGGCCCCUUCUCACCCCCACACCACACCGAGCUGCAGGAACCAGGGGAGGCCACUGAAUGGGAAGUGGGACUUGAAUCCUCGCCACCUGAACGCAGUGCCACCCAGGCUGCCUCGUUGUCCUCAAAGGGCCUGGCUUCCUGGGAGAAAACUCCCAGCAGUAACGGCCACCGUCUGUCGGCAGGAGGACACUGGCCGGCCAAAAAAAGGCUGCUGUCUCCCAGUGACACAGAAGAGUCGGAGGACGAGGGUCCAUCUACGUCCAAGAAAAGCCGUCUGUCCCUGCUCACCCCGGGACUCGGCUCAGCCUCAUGUUGUAGCACUGAUGCCAAAGCUGCACCUUACUGGAACCACCUGCUGUCCUCCACGUGGGACCGGACCGAGAAUGGCAGGGACUGCACAAGAUCAGGAAGACGACUUAAAAGCGGACUUUGUUUGAAAAGUCGGCAGCUGCGCAGUGGAAGACACACAGACACCGGUCGCUCCACACGUUCCAGCUGGCCCUUGUCUUCAAUCAGCAGAUCUCUCCUCGGCAACUUUGAGGUGGAGAUGGACAGAGAUUCAUCACUGGAGUCCAUUCUCAAGGGACGGUUCUCGCCCUCCGGCAGGAUCGAAGGCUUCACGGCAGAGAUCGGCGCCAGCGGCUCGUACUGCCCUCAACACGUCACUCUGCCAGUGCAGGUUACUUACUACGACAUCUCGGAGCACAGCGUUCCCUCUCCCUUUCUGGGAGUGGUUUCUCUUGAGCAUCUUGGAAAGAAAGGAUACAGCAUACCUAAAGUAGGGACCAUUCAAGUGACCUUAUUUAAUCCCAACAAAACUGUGGUGAAGAUGUUCCUGGUGACCUACAACUUUAGCGACAUGCCCGUCAAUCACAUGACCUUUCUGCGUCACCGCAUCUUCCUUUUGCCUGUGGAGGAGGGGGCUAAGGGGAAAGGAAAGGCACCUCCAGGGGGUGGAGACAGGAAGAAGAUUCUCUGCUACCUGAUACAUCUCAGAUUCCAUAGCUCCAAAUCUGGGAAGAUUUACUUGCACAACAACAUCCGGCUGCUAUUCUCUCGCAAAUCCAUCGAAGUGGACACGGGGAUCCCUUAUGAGCUAAAAUCUUUCACCGAGGUGCCAAAAAACCCCAAAUACUCUCCACGGGUGUGACCCCAGCUUGACCUUUGGACUCCCACUGCCCCUCCUGUGCUUCCCAAAGAGGGAGGAGGGAAUCAGGAAAGACUCCAAGCACUGGACACAGGACUGGAUAAGACUGGAUCAGACACAUCACGCACUCACGAGACACACGUGCACAUAUCACACACUCAGUGUUUGGUGUUGGAAAAGUCCAUGUCUUCGCUUCUACUCACCACUUUAGGAUUAAGAUGCAUCAUUUAAGAGGCAUUCCAUGCAUUCUUCAUUCAUUGAAAAUUAAAAAAAAAAAAACCCAAGACAAAUAUUUUUCAGUAUGCAUGCGAUCAACAGCGGGACUUUUUCAACAUUGUUCUUUGAAUGGAAUGAAGGAAUGAACGCGCACACACACACACACACACACACCAAAUCAACUACAGCGUUCACAUUCACAGCAGAAGAACUUGUGGCGGCGACUCUCAGAGUUCAGUGUUAACAUGCAUGCCUUGUGGUUAUAACACCAUAGUUUUUCUGUAGUGCCCUAUCACACUGUCCUUCACUCUGUCUGCAGCAACAACAGCAGGAGAUAUUGGAACAACACACACAUAGGCCCCAAACCACAGGUUGAACAAACUCCCCUCACGCCACCAUCUUCCAUUUUUCACGCACUUUCGACCAGCAGAGAUGAGUGGAGGGAAGGAAUUGAUUGGUUGCUCGCUAUUUAUUGAAAAAAAAAAUAGCGACAGAGGGUCGUGGUCUCUGUGUUGAAGACUUCUGUUUUAAGAUAGUGAAAAAUAACAUCCUUUACAUCCAGGUUUUGAUUUUAAACAUCGAUGGUGACAUACAAACAACACAAAAAUGCAGUACCGUCAUAGACCACUAGAGGUCAUGGAUUCUAUUGUGAAGACCUUUUAUACGAAUGAAAAAAACCCACUUAUAUCCAAGUUUUUAUUUCAAACGGGUAACUUCAAAAUAAUCACAGCUCCCCGCAGUACCCCCACAGACCGUUAGAGGUCAUAGACUCUAUUGUCCAUCCAUCCAUCCAUUUUCAUCCGCUUAUCCGUUACCGGGUCGCGGGGGCAGCAGUCGCCACCCAAAUCACAUUGCACCGUACCAACCCCCCCAAACCUUCCUGCAGGUGGUGAGUCCACUGGAAGGUACCAACCGCCCUAACCGGGAUUCGAACUUGCCCUGGGGUUCCACACCAAUGACAGAGACAUUGCCUCUGGGCCAAAGCACCACUGGACUCUAUUGUGAAGACCUUUUAUACGAAUGAAAAAACCCCACUUAUAUCCAGGUUUGUAUUUCAAACAAACUGUAGGUAACUUAAAAAUAAUCACUGCUCCCCGCAGUACCUCCACAAACCGCUAGAGGUCAUGGAUCCUCUGUUGAAUAGGCUUACAGAGAAACCCAAUCAUUCACACAUUCUCCUCGAACCAUUUCACACCGUAACACAGACCACUGUGAAUCAAAUGUAGCCAGACUGAGGGACACUGUGCUUUUUUUUUGUUUUUAACAACUUUAUUUUUAUUCUGAUGUCAGAGCAAAAAAAAAAAAGAAAAUAGAAAAUGACGAGCUGUAGUAUUUUUUAAUUUAUGUUUAUUUUGCAGAUGUCUUAAUAAGCAAUAUACUGCACAAAGUAGAGUGUGUUUUGUCAGUCAGACGAGCUUUCUCUCCAAGUUGGGGGGGAGCGCAGAGAAGGCAGAGUUAUGAGAAUGAAGGAGGAAAUGGGAGGGGGGGUGACGAGGGUGGAGGUGGGGUUGGGGGGUAAUUUAAUACAGGGUUGGAAAGCUAUGUAUUUUAAAAAUAAACUGUUGCAACUAGUGGGCAGACCAUGUGUUUGUUGUUGUUUUUGUCACCAUAGUUGCUGACGCUGCACUUUCCUUCGUAUGGUCACUGGUACUGAUCGAUGGUCAUCAAUACAUAGUAUACUGUUCUCAAAUACUGCAAGUAUUCAUGUUUUCGGUGGGGAGUGAACACUGGCGCGACUUGCUGCCGCUGCUCGCCCGUAACUUUUAGCUUUUAAGCUAUCACUUUAAGUUUUUAGUUUAGGUUUUUUUAGCAGCUUAUUGAGCCACAACUGUCACCGGUCCUGUGUCCAUUUCGACCGAGUCCCCGCAAAGUUUGUCACCACAGUGUUAACUGGCAGGAUGUACUUCGAGUCUGUUCUUCUCUGGACUUUGCUGUCAUUUCCUUCACCAACCUGCGAUGGGCCUGCUCCAAUAGUCCGCUGCUGAGCUACUCCAGCUUCGUUCCAACCUGUCUGCACCCCUAUCGGCUGCAUCACCUCUCCUCCUGGACAUUACUUUCCUGCCCCGCCGGAGAUAUAUCCACGAAAACACCUCGAAAACAAUAAAGUCCAUCUGGUCCACCUCUCGUCGCCCCCCUCGAAACACUGGCCGGGUCGUUGACCACAGUGUGCUAGCCUACCUAGCCCGGUCGGCUAACACUCCUCCCAGAUGUGACAACUCCGUCAACUUUCGUCUGCUCAACAUCCGCUCACUCACGAGCAAAGGACAUCUCAUCCAGGAUCUCCUCACUGACCGUAAGUUUGACUUUCUCUGUUUAACCGAGACAUGGCAACAGCCCAAAGACUUCUCAACUAAACGAAUCCACUCCUACGGGGUUUGUUUACAUCUGUCAACCCCGCGAAUCCGAGGUCUCGCGAUAAUUCACCGCGAGAAAUGGAAAGUCUCGCCGGUGUCUGUUCCAACCUUCUGCUCCUUUGAAUCCAUCGUGUCAACUGUCUGGUCGUACUCCUACCAUCAUUACAACUGUCUACCGUCCCCCUAAACCCAAUAACCAGUUUUUAAACGACUUUACUGCUCUGCUUACUUAUUUGUCUACCCUCUCACCAAACAAUAUAGUACUGGGAGAUUUCAACAUCCACA